GGGUGAGCUCACGAGGACUGUUGGGCAACAGGCUGGAGCUCACAUGUUUCCUUCCUGGCUGGAAGCUGCCUGCUUCUUCCUGGUGGCCCUCUGUAAGUCACAGGGGCUGCAGCUACAGCUGCUAGCGUUGUCUCUUCUUGCCAAGACCUGCCUCUCUAUCAAGGUGAGGGAUCUGCGGAGCUGGACAGGUUCUGUGGAAUGGUUAACCUGAGGCAAUCUCACCCUGAGCCAAUCAUAGGAGGCGGCAGAGCGGGGCAGCCAAGAGUCUAGAUCACCAAGGCACCUGUCCAAAGCCUUUCCUGGAGAAGCCUCCCUUUCGAGCAGCAGCAGCAGCAGCAACAGCUGUGCCUCUCAAAGCCCCAGGAGGAAUCCUUGCCUUGGCCUCCCCAGUCAUGGCCUUGCUCCCCUGGACAGCCCUCAUUCUCCUCUGCCUGACAAGGGCUGCGAUGCCAGGGAAUGGCACAGAGCCAGCCAGCCUGGAGCCAGCCCUGCUGGAGCUGUGGACUCUCCUGUCCUUGAGCAAAGAAGGCGUCUUGCCCCAAGGCACCGUGGAGUCCCUGUUAAAUAUUGCGGUGGGUCGUGUGCAGUGCCCAGCAGUGCCGUGUGAAAAGUGUCUCUCUGCUCAAGAUAUUUUUGCACUGACAAACAAAACAGCUGGUGAUGUCAACCUCACGUCCUCAGAGCUGCUGCAGUUCUCUGCUGGCCUGGCAUUUUACCUCACUAACCCCACGGCAACCUGCCGGGCAGUGGCAAAUGGGCAAUGGGUUGCCAAGGUCCAUGCUUUUCAGAUGGGAUUCUCAACGGGAAGACCUCUGCAAGAGAAAGUGGCUGAACUGAUGGGGGCCAUCCACAGAAACAUCAAGGACAAUGGAAGGAAGGAGUCCUGUGCUGGGAUGGCCCAGAUCCUUGGGAACAGCAUGCUGAUCUCCAGCCAAGUAACGUCGGAUCCAGCUGGACGAGUGCUCGUGGCCAUCGCCUACCAUGUCCUGAAGGGGGGCUGCUUCCAUGCCCUCCCCCCCGAACACUACUUUGUGGAUUACAUCUUUCAGCACUACGGCAACAAGACCCACAACCUCACACUGGCAGGUUUGACCAGACUAAUGGAGCAGCUUGAGGUAGGUCCCGAGGUAUCGCAUGCAGGGCAUGACCAUGGGGACCCUGCACACGACCACGCUGACGACAGCAAUGCACCUGGCAGCCACCAUGACCACGCGCAGGAUGGUGCUGCACAUGAUCAUCCGGAUGACCACGAUCAUGGUGACCAUGAGGAUCACUUGGAUCAUCACCAUGGCAACGAAACAGAUCACCAUCAUGAUGAUGAAGUGGACCACCACGGAAACCAAACGAAAAACAUUCUGGUCCGCCAAAGGCGAAAUCUGCCUGGCCCAGAAGAACAGGAUGCCCACCAUGACAUCUGGGAUACGGUCUGCCUCAGCCCCAGUGACCUGUUUCAGAUUUAUGGGAUAGACAAUGGCACAGGAAUCUCCCGUCCUGAUUUCUCACGUGUGAGUCCAGCUCUGGUGCAGCAACAGCUUAGCAGGGCCUGCUCUGCCUCCCGGAACACCCCUGUGGAUGGGCGCCUCACCACAGCAGAGAAGUACAUCUACGGCUCACUGGCAACCCUCUUGAUCUGUUUGUGCGCCCUGUUUGGCAUUGUGGUCCUCCUGUGCACGGCUUGCAUCAGUGCCUACCAGUAUGUGAUCCAGCUCUUUGUCAGCCUGGCGGUGGGCUCGCUUACUGGGGACGCCAUGCUGCACCUCAUCCCCACGUUCCUGGGCUUGCAUUCUCACUCCAGUGGCGAGGGCCACUCACAUGACCACCACGGAGCUGAGGGCCACGACUCACUGUGGAAGCUACUGGGCGUGCUGGGGGGAUUCUACCUCUUUUUCCUCCUUGAGAAGUUCUUCAUCAUCCUGGGACACUCGGACUGCGAGGAGUCCAGCAAGGGUCACCAGUGCGACCACGGCAUGUCCCUGCAGCUCUACCAGGACGAGAUGAAGAGGAGGAAACAGGAGAAAGGGGCUUCUCACGCUGAUCUGGUGAGUGCGGAGGAGGCUGAUUUCAGCCAGUUGUGGAAGAAGGAGCAGCGAAGUCGGGAACUGCGGAUGUUGCCAUACAUGAUCACUAUCGGAGAUGCCAUCCACAACUUUGCUGAUGGCCUGGCUGUUGGCGCUGCAUUCUCCUCCUCCUGGAAGACGGGUCUGGCCACCUCGCUGGCGGUCUUGUGCCACGAAUUGCCCCAUGAGCUAGGGGACUUUGCUGCACUGCUUCACGCAGGGCUGAGCGUCAAGCGAGCCUUGCUGCUCAAUUUUGUCAGUGCCCUCACAGCCUUCAUAGGCCUCUACAUCGCGCUGUCUGUGACCACUGGAGAGGAGUUUGAGGCUUGGAUCUUCACCGUGGCCACUGGCCUCUUCCUCUAUGUGGCCCUGUGCGACAUGCUCCCGGCCCUGAUGAACGUGAAGGACAAGCGGCCGUGGCUGCUGUUUGGCCUGCAAAAUGUCGGCCUCUUGGCGGGUUGGGCCAUCUUGCUGCUGCUCUCGCUCUUUGAGGAUAACAUCACACUUUGACCAUAGAUCUCUGCUGACACCUCUUGCUCACCUGGGAGCGUGGCAAGGUCUGGGGCGCCCUUGGCCAGAGACCUGGAGAAAGGGGGGGCUGGGCAGACUGAGGGUCUGGUAUAAUCCUCUGAGGCUGACCUGAGCAUUUCUGAUCAGAGAGAACACUGGGGCAAGCACGUGCAGCCACCCAUCCGCGUAGCACAGCUUUAUUAUAUUUAUUAUAUUUAUUAUGGCCCUUUUCACACAUCCCCCCCCUCCGAACCUUGGGAGACUUCUGCCACGUUUCCUUCCUGCAGUAGCCAGGCUGGUUCAGCUUCCAGCUCAUCUGCAGUGCCCAUGAACCCAGCAGGCGAUUUCCAGACACAGGAACUUUUCCUCUUCCCCUCCAGCCUCUGCCUUUUGGUAGGGAAGCCUCCUUCCUGCCCCUGGCUGCAGCCUCAUUGGGAGUGGAGACUAGUGGCUCUGAUGUCAGUGGGGCACUGAAUCCACUGUGGGUUUUAGUCAGGACUAAAACCUGGAGUGGAUUCACUGCCCAACUGACAUCAGAGGCACCAGUCUCCAGUACUCAUUGGGGCACAAAAGAUUUCCACAUGCUUCUACUUGUUUCUUGGUCAUUACAGCCAUUGAGGAGGCUCAAAUCUCCCUCCGGAGGAAACAGCUGGCAUGGAAGGAUCUUGACAAAAGGCCUUGUGAUCAAGGCUGGCAGCGGACUACAGAGGACCCUUCGCACAGUGCUGCAGAUGGGCUUCCAACCCACCCCCCAACACACACAACUCACCUACCCAAACGUGGCCCUGCAGAGUGCCAGGGUAGCAUUUUAGUGGUGGCCAAGUGGCAGUGCCACUUUUGAAUGUAAGCCAAGGUUGGUUCCCCUCUACAAUGGCUUCCUGCUAUCUUAAUUUACCUGGAGCCAAGCAGAGAAGGCAGUGAGUGGUGAUUUGGUCAGUAAGGAGCCCUUUUGAGCCUUGGGAGCCCUUGGCCAAUGCCCAACUUGGCUGACCUCUGGUGCCGGGCCUGCUUGUCAGGGCCAGUUCAAAAGGGCGGCCAGGUUGGGCACUGGCCCAAGGGCCCCAGAGCUACAGGAGCCCCUGAGGGGCCCUCCGCUCCCCUUCCACAAUUCGUGCCCCCCACGCCCCCCACUUACCUGCCAGCCGGCUUUUUAGCAUUGCCCUUAAUGAAGAUGGCGGCCGUAGCUUCCCUAAGGUACUGAAGCCCCUGCCACCAACUUAGUUGAUGGCAGAGAUGUGCGCACGUAGCACACAUGUGUGCCAUCAACAAAGAUGGUGGCGGAGGCUUCAUUCCCCUUAGGGAAACCGCCGCCAUCUUCAUUAAGGGCAAUGGUAAAGACUAGACAGGUGGGGUAUGUGCAGGGGGGCUGCGUGUGUGCGUGCGUAUGUGUGCGGACACCCACCCACCCACCCACUGGGGGGCAUGGGCAAGCUGAUUCCCAAGGGCCCCCGCAUGCCUGGAGCCAGCCCUGAUGCUUGUGAAUACUGAGGGACAAUUUUAGGAGCAAGGCAGUUUCAUACUCUAGUCCUAACUGGGCGAAUAAAGAAAGGCCCCAAGCAAAGUGCUGAGAGCCUGUGUUUCACAAGCCCAUGAUCUCAGGUUUAAUCCCCAGCAUGUCCAGUUCAAAGAAUCUUAGCUAGCAAGGCCAGGAAAGAAAGACCCCUCCCUAGUUGGGGUCCUGCACAGCCAGCACAACUGACAUCAGACCACCCCCGGCUUGCACAGACUCAUGGUCUAAUCAUUCUGUAGAGGCAGACUGCUUCAUGUAUCUCAGUUUCUGACACAGUCCACUACAUUUGGGGAACAGGCCAAACCACGUGUCCUUUGGGGAAGUACUUGGUCAUCCUCUUUAAAAAAAUCAUCAGUUGCUGAAGAGAGGUGCUGCUGGAUCUCACACUUAAUUUGAAAACAUACACCUUUUGAUUUGAAGGCUCGCUUCCCCCCAGAUUCUGAGGUUGGACUAUAGACAGGCAGUGGUGUAGACUCUGUACAUGCUCUGUGGCACUCCGGAAUGUUUUGUUGUUGCUGAAAAAUUGGUUCUGGCAUCUUGAGCCCAGUUAAGAAGCCUCAGCAAAACACAUGUCUUUGCCCUGUCUCAACAUUAAGAUCCCGCUGAAGAGUUUUUCUGGGAGCCUCCGCUUCUCUUUGCACUCAGGAUCCCGUCUUCAUUGACACACUGUAACUCUCAUACAAGUUGGAUUAGACGGCUGGGUUGCAGAAGUAGGUUUUGUAUCUCUUUUGUGUGGAAUCUAUUAUGUCUCGUCAGCGGUAAAUAAAAAUCGGUGGGUUUUAAGCAUUUCUCAUUC